ACACACACACACACACACACACACACAACAUCUGUACAGCACAUCUCAAAAGUGUGGCAUCCCUUGCUUGUGUACUAAAACUGAAGUGGGUCUUCCACAUCCACACAUACAGAUGUCUAAAAACAUAGUGAUGCGGGACCUGCAUGCACCUGAACUAGAAUAUGUGUUGAUCUUAAUAAUUAACAGCAUGAUUAGCAUCUGUAAUAACUCGGGUUUAGUACGACAUCAUGCGUAGUCAUCAUCACGUGCUUCCUCCCGGGGUUUUACAUUCUUACACGUCCUGCUACAAAGCACUCAAUCCUAGCUCUUGGUUCUCGUUGGAAGGCUCGUCGCUCUUCAAUGGCCGCCGCGUCUAUCAAGACGUGUGUGUGUAAAGCCAGUGAGGAGGAUGAGGUCGACGUCAUUCGUCACUUUCGAGUCGAACUCGUGAGUAGCUUGAGUCCUAGCGAUAUCAAAUGUAUCUGCGACAAGUUGUACGCCAACGUCAUAAUCUCACUGGAAGAGUACGGUUCAAUCACCAGCGAGCGUCACCUCAUCGCACAGGAGCAGGCGCGAGAGAUGUUGAACAUCGUGCAAAGGAGAGGGGACGCGCAGAAGGCUGAAUUUGUAACGAUGGUGUGCGAUAUCGACGGAGUAAGAGAUCUGGGACGAAAGAUGAAGAACUGGCAAGACAAGAGAUCGAGCAACAUCAGACCAGAGUGUUUGACGGCAUCGAAACUACAGGCAGAAAACAGCAAAUUGAGAGCAGAAAACAGCGUACUGCACAGCGUAAGAAAAGAAAACAUCCAACUGAAGACAGAGAACCAGAAACUGAAGAUGCAGAGCGAGUUGACGGAAGGCAGGAAUUCUUCGAGACUGAUUGAGCAUGCACUGCGACUCCAACUGGAUGCAUUUGGCGAUGGCAGCAUGUCUUACACGGGGUGCUGCAGGUCUAUGCAAUGUGUUCCACUUCCUAACUUAUGCCAAGGAACCACGGCCAACUGUGUUGCGUCUGUUGGAGAGGUUGUGUUUGCCUCUUCAUGGGCAGCUAGAAGUCUUUACUCACUAGAUUUGUCCGCGAACUCACCAACCUGGGUCAAUUUUUUUACAAGUCCCCUUCCGAUCUGGAACGCUUUCACGUGGCAGAAUCGGUGCUGCAUUCGAGCUGGCGCUGACAACAGGAUUUACUAUUGGUCUGAUGGUGAUCGCAAUUGGAAUCCGCUAGCACGGAUGCCAAACACUCUAACAUUGGCACAAGGAUCUGCAUCACUCGUUGCCAAAAACAACCAAAUAUACAGGCUAGGUGGCUACAAUGGCGACAGUCUUGACAUAGCUGCAGUCUAUGACGUAGAAGGCGGGAAACAAUGGAAUAACCUUCAACCAAUGCCUUUUCAGACUCGCUGGUGCUCAUCAGCUGUUGUUGGUCAGCUCCUCUACGCGGCAGGUGGCUGUAUGCCUGUCGUCGGCUCUCGUGGUACCGUUUGGAGUCCCAUUAGGAACAUUACCGUUCUUGACAUCAGGUCACGUGACUGGAUGGCUCUUCCUUUUCUUGAGCAUUAUAACGCUACAAUAUCCUCCGUUGGUGAUCACAUAGUGGCAUGUGGAGGGUGUAAUCAAUACUCUAGGUAUGACGAAAAUCAUGACGGAAGACAACUGUCAGUCCUGGAUUUGCGUUCACGUCGCUGGCUUCCUCUCCUUCCCACGUUGAAGCAACAUACUCUUCAUGGAAUGUGCUCAAUCGGUGAUGGCAGGCUUGCAGUGGUUGCUGGCAAAGAUAGCAGGGUUGUGGAGCUCUUGUUGUAUAGCUAGCUGCCAAUGUCUCGUUCAGUAGGAAACAAUUGGGGCUAUCAAUUGCUAGCUCACGGAGCAAAUGUACUCAAAUGUAUACUUAUACUGCUGUGCAAAUGGAUCUCCUGUACAAUUGCAGCCGGUGUCUUUGCUGUGCAGUAGCUAAUGGAACUGUGCAUACAGAAUUCGAAAAUAUUGUUGAUCAAGAGUUUUAGCAUGCAUGCAUGUAAACAGCAUAUCAAGUUGUAUAGUACAUAGUUUGUAUAAACUGUUUCUAUGCGUAUAGGAGUGUAAUUCCACUGCAUUCCAUUUAUAUCAGAAUGACUUCUGUAAUCUGCAGCUGUACGUGCAGUCACUAGAAUUAAUACAAUAGGACAAUUAUACACUUAGCCCGGAUAUCCGGGCCUUGGGUAAUAUUUAAAGAUCAAAUUGUGUGUGUGUGU